AAUGCGCUGAAUGUUGCCCAAGAAGUCAAAGUUAUGUCGAAAAUGGCUCAAUUUUGAAUGGAUUGUGUCGCAGAAGCACUUUUGGCAGAACUUACCACUCUCCUAAAAGUGCACUCAAGAUAAUCGCUGCAUCCGACGUCGCAUGAAAAUUUCUAUCCGACGAAAGGAGCGAGACAACCGAAGAGAGCCUCACCCAACAAGAUUAUUUUAUUUUAUGAAUCAUGGCCAGCAAGCCUUCAGAAGAGCCUGCCAGUUUGUUUUUGGCCACUUUGGCCGACGUAAACCGCCUCAUAAACAACAUGGAGAACAAGACUGAGGGCGCCGUGGGCCCAUGUUUUGCCAACUUGGCAGAGGAAUGGCGCAAGAUGCGAUUCUCCUACAUCUUCAGCCGACCGCACCAAGAGGAGAUGCUCGAGUUCACUCCUGUCACCUUUCUGGCCGCCAAGGUCAACCUGCAGCCACCUACGGAAAUGGAAAGACGGCCGUACGCCCUCUUGGUCCUCUACGCACUCUACCUCAAACAACCGUGCACUGGAAUUUGUCAAAUUCGACUGACUCACAUCGACUGGAAGCAUUUCCUCGACCUUUUCCGUUACUGCGCGGAAAACGACCUCAAAGAGCAGUGCUACAUUUUUGAGAAACUGUGGAGAUUGAAUGCUUUCGACUUUGUCUACAGCCCAAUCGAUCUUUCCUUUCUGCUCAACAAGAAGAGCUGCUACGAAGAUCUGGGAAUCGUGGCCAAAGAAUCCAUAAUGGAAGAGGUUGACCCGGCUUUGACCGACUCAAAACGCUUGCUGGAUGAAGGUGACCUUGGAAAGGUGACUGAGGCACAGACUGCUUACAAUGAGAUGGCUAAAAACAUCAGUGGCAUCGGCCCCAGCAGCAUCUCUGAGCAAUUGCAAGCGAUCCUCAAUAGAGUGCCGAAAAAGUGGGCCAAGUACAAGACAUUUGUCAACGCCAACCGCAGAAUGUGUGUUGACGAAGAGGUGGAGGUUGACGACGAGGAGCGUGGAAUUGGCGAGCGACGCAGAAGUUUGAUUCUCCGGCCUGUGAGUGGCGAAGAUCCAAGCACUGAGAAGGCAAUUCCGGAAACUGCCACUAGAGCGAAGGGACGGACUCCAUUAGACCCUAAAUAUUCCUUCAUCUACACCCACAAUAGCAAAAAGCAAGCAAGAUGCAUGUCCGAAAAACUAAGAAAACUUACAAAAGAGGGCAGAAUGGAUUCUUUUGAAGAGCUGGACGACAAUGAGAUGGAAGUGGGCGCCUCGGAAAUUGUGCAAAGUGAGGCUGAAGAACAAAUGGAGUGUGAUGAACAUCGAGAAGUUGAGGAUACAAAUGAGGAGCAAGUUUUGGAAAAGGCUUUGAGCAUGCCAAUUGUACAGUGGACAGACAAUGAAAAUGAUUGAAAUUCAAACUAAAAAAUAAA